AUGGCCAAGAGAGUCGCAGUGAUUGGAGCUGGUGUGAGUGGUCUGUCCUCCAUUAAAUGCUGCUUGGAUGAGAACCUGGAGCCCACCUGCUUUGAGAGGAGUAAUGACAUCGGGGGACUGUGGAAGUUUGCUGAAUCUUCUAAAGAUGGGAUGACCAGGGUCUACAGGUCAUUGGUGACAAACGUCUGCAAGGAAAUGUCAUGUUACAGGAAUUUCCCUUUCCAAGAAGAUUAUCCAAAUUACUUGCACCAAGGAAAAUUUUGGGACUAUCUCCAAGAAUUUGCUAAGCACUUUGACCUCCUGAAAUAUAUUCGGUUUAAGACUACGGUGUGCAGCGUAACAAAGCGCCCAGACUUCUCCGAAACAGGUCAGUGGGAUGUCGUCACGGAGACAGAGGGCAUGCAGGACAGGGCCGUUUUUGAUGCUGUCAUGGUUUGCACUGGACAUUUCCUGAGCCCCCAUUUACCUUUGGAGUCCUUCCCUGGAAUCCAUAAAUUUAAGGGCUGGAUCCUGCACAGUCAAGAAUACAAGAUCCCAGAAGGCUUCCGAGACAAACGUGUCCUAGUGCUGGGUCUUGGGAACACAGGUGGAGACGUGGCCGUGGAACUCAGCCGCACAGCAGCUCAGGUACUUCUCAGUACUAGAACUGGUACCUGGAUUGUCAGCCGCUCUUCAGAUGGGGGCUACCCUUUUAACAUGAUGACUGUAAGAAGAUGCCAUAAUUUUAUUGCACAAGUUAUGCCUUCAGGUUUUCUAACCUGGAUUCAAGAAAGGAAGAUGAAUAAGAUAUUUAAUCAUGAGAAUUAUGGAUUGAGAAUCACAAAGGGGAAAAAGACAAAAUUCAUUGUGAAUGAUGAGCUGCCAACCUGUAUUCUGUGUGGGAUGGUCACUAUAAAGCCCAGCGUGGUGGAAUUCACAGAGACUUCUGCUGUCUUUGAAGACGGGACCGUGGAAGAAAACAUUGACGCUGUGAUCUUCACUACAGGAUAUAAGUUUUCUUUUCCCUUUUUUGAAGAACCUCUCAAAAGCCUCUGUAUGAAGAAGAUUUUCCUGUUCAAGCAGGUCUUUCCCUCCAACCUGGAGAGAGCAACGUUAGCCAUCAUCGGCCUUAUAAUCCUGAAGGGGUCCAUCUUGGCAGGCACAGAGCUCCAAGCGAGGUGGGCCACCAGAGUGUUUAAAGGACUCUGUACAACACCUCCAUCAAAGAAAUUAAUGGCUGAGGCCACUAAAAGGGAACAGCUCAUUAAAAGGGGUGUGAUUGAGGAUACCAGUGAAGACGUACUCAACUUCAUUCUCUACCUGGAUGAGCUCGCUGCAUGCAUAGGAGUGAAGCCCAACAUCCCACUGCUGUUCCUCAAAGAUCCCAGAUUAGCUUGGGAGGUUUUCUUUGGGCCAUGUACUCCUUACCAGUACCGCCUCAUGGGCCCUGGAAAGUGGGAUGGAGCCAGAAAUGCCAUCCUGACCCAGUGGGACAGGACACUGAAGCCUUUAAAAACUCGAAUCAUCCCUGAUCCCUCCAAGCCUGCCUCCAUGUCAUAUUACCUAAAAGUUUGGGGAUUACCUUUCCUACUUGCAUCUCUUCUACUUAUCGGUAAAUCUUCUCUUUUUCUGAAAUUUAUGCGAGAUAAACUACAGGAUAGAAUUUCCCCUUACCUAGUGCGUGUUUGGAGAGGCUGA